AAGAAAAGAAAAGAAAGCAGAUUAGCGGGAUUAUUGUGCAUGCCUCCUUUGGGCUGUGGAUGAUGGGGUUGGUUUUUAGGGUUUUUCUUUUUCUUGUUUUUUUUGGGGGUUUUUUUUUAAGUGAAGUUUAAAGAAGCGUGUGGUUUUGGGCAGCCACAAUGACAAGAAGGAUCCCAGGAUGGGCGCUCGGUUCUGAGGAAGUGAAAUGGGGAACCGUUAGAGCAAGUGUUUCGAGUGGAGGGCGGGCAUCUGCAGGGACAGCUCCAUGCCCGUCCCCGAAGCUGUGGGGAAGGGCGCCCGCCAGGAAGGGAGACGAGCUCUCGACACGGCACUGCGGGGGGAGAGGGGCCUUUUCCUUCCCCUCGUCUGGGGUUCGCUGAGCCGGGGCCCCGGUGACAAGCGGCACGAAUUGGCGAGAGAGAGGAACGAGCACCGUGCGUGAGUGGGCGCCCCUCAUGUACAGGGCAGGAGUUGCCCAGAGAAGAGACCAUCCUGCCCCGUGGGCAGCCCCAUGGUUCUCCUGGCCACGGCCCUUCUGCUGUCAAUGCUGCUGGACCCGGCUCUCCUGCUGACUCUGGAGCCCCGGGGACCCCCUACCCCGGGGCCGGAGCCGGCCCUGCACGCCAGGUUCGACCCCCGGGCCAUGCGGCUGGCCUGGGACUGCAGGGAGGACGCCACGGCCAGCAGGUGCGCGCUGACGCCCCGUGGGGGCGACCCCGUUGUGAAGAAGCCCAGGAAGCAGGAAUGCUGGUGCAACUUUGAGGACACGUCUCUGCAUCGGGGCGUCCUGCUGGAAGUCCAAGUCAACACCAGCCAGCGCUCCUUUCGGGAGAAAGUGCUCUACACCAACCCAGGGGCAGAGGGCACCGCGGCCCACAACUUCUCCUGCGUCAUCUACGACGUGGACUUCAUGAACUGCACCUGGGCCAGGGGGCCCGCCGCCCCCGCCGACGUCCAGUACUUUCUCUACAUCCGAGACUCGAGGAGAAAACAGGAGCGGGAAUGCCCUCGCUACACGCCACACCUGGGCACCCACCUGGGCUGCCACCUGCGAAACCUCUCGGGCCUGACGUUCCGCAACUACUUCCUGCUCAACGGCAGCAGCCGCGCCACCACGAGGAUCCAGUUCCUCGACUCGAUUCUGUCCACGAAGGAGAUCGAGCGCUACGGCCCCCCGGCCAACGUGAGCAUCAGCUGCAACGCCACCAGCUGCCUCAUCCGCUGGGACACGCCGCGCACACGGCGGGCACUGUCGCACCGCGAGUUCCAGUACCAGCUGGACGUCCAGAGGAAGCGUGCCCCACCCGGCGGCAGGAGCCCCCUGAUCGAGGUGUCUGGCGAUUUGGGAAACCGGUACCACUUCCCGAGCUCUGAGCCCAGGGCCAAGCACGUGGUGCAGAUCCGGGCUGCCGAUGCCCGCGCCUUGCAGUGGGGCUCCUGGAGCGAGCCCAUGGAGUUCGGGUCUGAGGAUGCCGGCAGCAGCCUCUUGCUCCUGUACCUGCUGGUGGUGCUGGGCACCCUCCUCACUGCCCUGGGACUCGGUUUCCUCUUUAAAAGGUUCCUCCGGGUGCAGACGCUGUUCCCCCCGGUCCCCCAGAUCAAAGACAAGUUGAGCGACAGCCACCAGAUCACCUGGGCGGAGUUCACGCCGGGGGCAGGAAAAGGGGACCCCGAAGAGGUCUUGUCCGUGGAAGAAGUCCCACGGCCCUCGGACGGCCUGUGAAGCAGGCGGACGCGGCUCUCCAUGCCCAGGACAUUCUGGAAGUUUAUUUGUCUCUUGGUGUUGGUGUCAGCGCUGUGAGCCGUGACACGGGUUUUCUACGCUUUUUUUAUUUCUUAAAAAAAAAAAAACUGCGUUAUGUGGCUGAGACGCUUGCAGGAUAAGGGGUCACGCCCUCCCCUUCAAAUGUGAUCACGGAAGGUGCCGGCCAGGCUGCCCCGUGAACAAUGACCUGUGUUGUAGGAUU